UAGGAGCGGCUCGGGAGAGAUGUUGAGGCAGGGUUGCCCGGGUGGCGCUUCUUGCCUCGGGGCUGACGGGACCCGAGGCGUCCGAGGGCCUGUCUUACCGGGCGGCGCCCGGGGCGGGCAGGGUGCGAAACUCGCUGCACGCGGGUCCUAACUGUGCGGGCGUAUGGUCUCGGGUCCUGCUGCGCCCGGAUGCCCCUACGAAUGCAGUGCCAGUGGCAUCACUGGGGAUCCGUCUGAGAAACCCACCGCAUCACCCGCGGGGCCGGGGUGCUGCGUCGCCGGGUGGAGGCUACAGGUUGCAUCUUUCCAAGGAGUGGCUCUUCGCAGCCUCUGCACAUCCUCCCCUUAUGAACACCCAGAACACGGAAGAUUAGUUUAUAAAGGAAAUAUGGCAAAGGCAGUGUUAGGUGUGAGGUUUUUCUCUUACUCCACCAGCGUAUUCAACCUGUUCAUGAUGCCCUACAUCAUGCUCAAAACUGGUAUUGGGUUUGAAAGUCUGGUUAUACAAGCUGCGUUUUAUGGGUUGAUCGGAUUUUUUACGUUUGUAACACCAGUUACUUUGCAUGUACUUACAAAAGGCUAUGUGAUUCGACUCUAUUAUAAAGAUGAAAUGGACACAUAUACAGCCAUUACAUACAAUGCAAUCUUGGCAGAAAAAGCGACUGUUUUCCAUCAGAAAGAUGUAAAGAUUCCUGACAUCACCAAGAUGUUUACAACAUUUUAUGCUAAAACUAAAUCAAUGCUUGUUAAUCCAACGCUUUUCCCGAAUCCUCAGGAUUAUAACCAUCUCAUGGGCUAUGACAAAUCCUUUUAUUUUAACUUAGAGGAGGAAAAGGAAGCUGAUGAAAGGAAAUAAUUUGAAGAUAACAAAUGUCACCAUCAUUGUUCGUGGUGCAGUGCUAUAUAUGUGAAAGAAUGUAAAAUUUCUACACUUCCUUAAGUAUCAGAUAACUAGAGUUCCCCGAAUGCAUUUUGGAAUGUAUUUUAAAAAAACCCAUUUUUUAAAACUUGUAAACGAUGUGAAGGUUUCUUCAGAAUUAAUGACACAAAACAGUAAAAAAAAUAUGCUUCGA